CUCCGAUGACGUAUUCUACAUGGAAAUUGACAGCGUCAGAAAACUGAACCAGAAACUCAGUAAAACCGAGAAGAAAUUGCGACAGAAACAGAUGAAGGCCAGAAAUACUUUACUGAAGCAUGAGGGCAUUGAGUGUGUCUCGUUGCCUACGAAGAGCCUGGUUGUUGCUAAUGGAGGACUGGGUAAUGGUGUAAGUAGAAGCCAACUGCUUGACGUGGUAGAAGAAUGUGGAUCGGUGGAAGCUCUCUUAAUGCCACCAAAUAAACCCUAUUCCUUUGUGAAAUAUGGGUUGGUAGAAGACUGCAAGCGAGCCUAUGACACUCUCAAUGGGAAGGAGAUAAUGUUGGAGAACUCCAGCCAAGGCGUUGUUCUCUAUGUCAACUUUGUGGGAAAAGUUUCUUGGGAGGUCACAACUCCUGCAGCCUUGCCUCCGGGCCUGAGGGUAAUUGAAGAUCUGGUUUCUCCUGAAGAAGAAAGGCAACUUUUGGAAAGCAUUGAUUGGACAGAAGAUGAGGUCAUUCCAAAUGCUCAGAAGUCUUUGAAACACAGGAGAGUAAAGCAUUUUGGAUAUGAGUUUCGGUAUGAUAACAACAAUGUGGAUAGAGACCGCCCAUUGCCCGGAGGUCUCCCAGAUCUCUGUAACGUGCUUCUUGCAAAGUGCCUGAAGUUGGGAUACAUUAAGCAGAAACCUGAUCAAUUAACUGUAAAUCAGUAUGACCCUGGACAAGGUAUCCCCCCUCAUAUAGAUACACAUUCUGCUUUUGAGGAUGAGAUAAUUUCUCUCAGUUUAGGAGCCAAGAUUGUGAUGGACUUUAAGCAUCCAGAUGGACAGGCGGCAGCAGUGAUGCUGCCUCAACGGAGUUUACUUGUGAUGAGUGGAGAGUCCAGAUACCUUUGGACCCAUGGCAUCACACCUAGGAAGUUUGAUGUUGUUCAAGCAUCUGAAGGAUGGAAAGUUGGAACUGUCUCUGCAGACAUUGGCGAUUUAACCUUAAACAAAAGAGGGAAAAGGACAUCUUUUACAUUCAGAAAAGUGAGGAGAACCCCUUGCUAUUGUGCCUACCUUUCUGUGUGUGACAGCCAGCGUAAAGACACAGCUCCUUCAUUCCCUGUCAAUGAUAGUGAAGCCUCGAAGCUAGAGGCAAAGUAUGUCCAUGAGGUUUAUGAAGAAAUUGCCGGGCAUUUCAGCAGCACUAGACACAGCCCUUGGCCACGAGUGGUUGAAUUCCUUAGGGGCUUACCGUGUGGAGCUGUGGUGGCUGAUGUUGGCUGUGGGAACGGGAAGUAUUUAGGAGUCGGCAAGGAUUUGUAUACGCUUGGCUGUGAUCGUAGCAAGAACCUUGUGGACAUCUGUGGGCAGAAGGGGUUUCAGGCUUUCGUGGGUGACGCCCUGUCUGUGCCAAUACGAAGUGGCUCCUGUGAUGCCUGUGUCUCCAUUGCUGUGAUCCACCAUUUUGCAACAGCGGAGAGAAGGCUGGCUACUCUUUGUGAAUUAGUCCGUUUGCUGAGGCCGGGUGGAAGGGCUCUCAUUUAUGUCUGGGCUAUGGAACAGGAAUACAACAAACAGAAGUCUAAGUACCUCAAAGGAAAAAGAGCUGUCAAGGGCCGGAUGGAGGAAGUGAACAGCGAGGCAUAUGACGGUGGUUGCCAGUGUUCAGCGCACCCCAGUAAUGGCACAAACCAGACAAUCCAUCCCCGGCUUCCUGUGCAUACCAACAGAACUUCCUUUGACUCCCAGGACUUGCUGGUCCCUUGGCAUCUGAAAGACGGCACAAAGAAGAAAGCGGAGCCGACCGAAUCUCAUCAACCUCUGUUGAAUUCUGCAGACUCGUGUGAACCGAGUUCCGUUUUCCACCGUUAUUACCAUGUCUUCUGCGAAGGAGAACUAGAACAGGUCUGCAAAAGCCUGGAAUGCAUAAAAGUUGAAGAGAGUUACUACGACCAAGGAAACUGGUGUGUGGUUCUUGAAAAGCUGUAACAUUAGUUGCGUCCCAGAGAGAA